UUUUGCAUCCAAAAUUAACCAUAAUAUCUCAUCUCAUUUUCUCUUAAUUAGCCAAUUAAGUCACCCUUAAUUACUUCCUCAUAAUCUUGUUAAUUACAUCACUAGGUUGAUAAUAAUGGGUGUCUACACCUUCACCGUCAUCGACGAAGCUAGCUCGGUCGCCCCGGCUAGGUUGUUCGAGGCUUUGUGCCUAGACAACCACAAUGUUUUCCCUAAGGUGGUGCCAUUUAUUGUCAAGAGUGUUGAUUUUGUAGAAGGUGACACCACUUCGGUUGGAUGUGUCAAACAAAUGAACUUUGCCGAUGGCGGUCCAUACAAGUACAUGAAAACCAAGAUAAAUGAGCUUGAUGUGGAUAAAUACUAUGCCAAGUAUACAAAUUUCGAGGGAGAUGUCCUUGACAAUGUACUAGAAUGUGUUGUUUACGAGUCAAGCAUUGAAUCAACUGGUUCAGGAAGUCACUAUAAAUUGGUAGGUCAUUUCCACACUAAGGGUGAUGUCGUUUAUACACUAGAGGAUGCUAAGAUGGGGCUUCAAAGCAUGCAAGUUUCCUACAAGGCUGUUGAAGAAUAUCUUUCCAACAACCCUGAAAUUUAUGCUUGAAAUGUUAUCUCCAAUUGAAUGUGCGAUUUAUCCCGCAUAGUUGGGCUGGCUAUCUGAGAUAAAUGUUGAUUUUGUAAGGUCAUUUUUCUUACAAGUGUGUGCUUUCUGUUUGAAUAAUGGCUUCCCUUUGAUGGAUUUAUGCUUGAGAGUGGUGAGCUAGGUGAAUGAAAUUUGUAAUUUUUAUUGUACUUUUACCUUCUUGGCCGUUAAAAAUAAAGUUUUUUAUCGCUGUAAGUUAACCUGAUGUACAAUAAAUAUAUUUAUUGUAAACCGGGGGUACACGCAAGAUCUUUUUUUUUUUUUUUACUAUUGGAUUGAAUGAUGUAAUAAAAUCACAGUUGUUUA